AUCUAUUGAUGUUAAAAUUCACUUGAUUGAGAUUUGUGUACAUCGACGAUUUCGUUUUAUUAUGAAAACGGAUUGACAAUGAUAGACUGCAAAAUUAAUGCUAUGGUUCUGCUUACAAUCAGUAUUGCGUUUAUCUGUGAUGCUAAAACUUCAAGAUGCCAUUACAAUUUGAACAGAGUAAAACAACUAGUUGCUCAUUGUGAAAACCAAGGAUUUACGUUGGUUCCUAGGAAUCUUAACAACACUAUCCAAGAAUUGGAUCUUUCAAACAAUAUGAUUAAAACAUUGGAAAAUGGGACGUUCGAAAACUAUUCGAUAUUGGAAGUUUUAAUUUUGAAUCAUAAUAGAAUAUCGGAAGUACAUAUACAUGCUUUUGUUGGCUUACCUUAUCUGAAAGUUCUGAAGAUACGUGAUAAUUUUAUAAAUAUUACAAAGCUUUCUACAAGAGUUUUCAGUCCUCUUGUCAAUUUGACGACUCUUGACAUAGGUCGAAACGCAGAACAGUCACCUGUAAACAAAUCUUUCGUCUAUCCCGAUAAAACAUUUGCAGCCUUGAAGAGAUUACAAUUUCUGUCAUUGGACUUAUUUAUGUUCCCGGAGUUUGGGGAUGGAUUCCGCUCACUGCAAUUCAUAACCGUUUUAAAUUUUGACCGGUAUGAAAUUAUUGAGUCGACUCAAAAUUUUAGCCUCGAUUUGAAUAAUAAUGCUUUGGUUUGUUCGUGCACUACACUUGACUUUCUGUUAUGGUUAACAAAGACACCGGUGUCAUUUGUAAAUGGAAACACUUAUACGUGUACAAUGUCAAAUAAUUCACAAGUCAAUCUAAUGGAAGUCACCAAGGAUAUCAAGAGAUACUUUGCUGACUGCAAUGCCACCGUGUGGCUGAGAAUUGGAAUAGUAUUAAUUUCGUGUAUUGUGAGUGUAUCGAUACCACUUUCAAUUGUGUAUUAUUACAGAUGGAAAAUAAUCCUGUUUAUGUUUAGAAAAUUCAGACGAGCAGUCGAGAGAGGGUUGCAUGUAAAUUAUGAAUAUGAUGUGUAUGUUUCCUAUGAAGAAAGAAGCAUAACUUGGAUAAAGAAUAAUCUCCUUCCGAAGACUGAACAAGAAUGGGGACUGAAAAUAUGCUGACAUGACCGCGACCUUCUUCCUGGACAACCUACUUCAGAAUCUAAGGCUCUUUCAAUUCAUCAAAGUAGACAUGCUAUUUUUAUCAUUACUGAAAAUUUCAACGAAUGCGAGUGGGGGAAAUUUGAAAUCGAAAGGGCAAAGUAUGAGAAAUACACGAAAAACUUGAUGAAAAUCAUUGUUAUUUUACAAAACGUUAACGUCAUUGAUAUCCCUGAACAACUUGUCGACAUUUCAAAUGAUGUUAAUUUUAUCGAAUGGCAUCUAGACGAAACUGGAAUUUGUGAAAAUCAGACUGAAUGGUUUAGACUUAAGACAUUGCUUUUUCUAAAUUAGAAAAAAAAGAAAAUUUAGAAAAAAUAGUAAGAACUACCCCUGAUAAUUUCGAAAAUGGUUUAA